AAACCGUCGGCUUCUCGGACUGGGCCAGGGCUGCAGGGGGCCAGAGAAGGGAGAAGGGUAGAGAGAGAGAUAAGGAAGAGGAGAGAGCCCUGAAGGCUGACGGAGCCGGCCUGAGGAGUAGCCGCAAGGUUGCAGGUUCCUGAGGGAAUUCUGCUGCCUUCAGGCCGGCCCAUGCCGUUCUCACCGCACUGCCUCUCAUUCUCUCCAUCUCCCUGCUGCUCCCGAGAAAAAUGAGUCCCUGCGCUCUCCUCGCUGCGCUAUUGCCAGCCUGUAUCCCGUUACCAACCCAGGCGACCGCUCUCGCAAGCCUGAACGCCGGGCGCCAGCAGGGCGCCCUCUCCACUCCGCCCGCUCUCCCUUCUUAGCCCAGCCGCUGCCGCUCUUCCUCCACCUCCGCCCCCACCAUCUCCAGCUCGGGGAGACGCCACCCAGCCGUGCCUGGCCUUCUGAGCCCGGUGUCACGCACCAAAGAAGGGCGCUAGUCCGGACCCAGGGCUCGGUAGGGGGCGUCCCGAGAAGAAGAGUAAAAAGCCGGUGGUGGAGAAGGGCGUGGGACUCGCCCACACCGAAGCCCGCGCUCCUCGCUAGAGCCAACCCCCAAGCCCCACUUCGGCCAGCUCCUGGCGAGCUAACCCAUCUGUGGCGUCCACCGCCGCCUCCUCCCUGCACCUCCUCGCCGACCCCUCCCUCCCGGGACCUGCAUCCUGCUCCGCCAAUCAGCGGUCUCCUGCCUCUUCCCACGUGACCUCGGGCGGGCUAAGGACCUGCUGCUUCCCAAACGCCAGAAGGAUGCGGGCGGUAGAGCGCGAGAGGCGGCUGCUAGGUUGCGGGGCGCUUUGACUCUCCCUCCGCCCUCCCUCCUCGGGCUCCUCUCCUCUGCCCUCCAACACCCCAUCUCCUCUUGGUCCACUGGCUUCCCAGAGCCUACUCCCUAUGGCAGCAGCCUCCCGCGUCUCCCGCGCUGCUCCUCAGCAGACGACCCUCUCACUCCCAGGGCUGAGCUGGGUCACUGGAUGUUGCUGAAACUCCGCGGAUCAUGCGCCGGCUUGGCCGCUGCUUCCACUCUGGGUGCUUCUGCUGCAGCGGCCGCCACUGCUGCCGCCGUCCGCGGGAUGCUCAGUAGCCCUCUGUCCGGCCCCCGAGAUCGUGUGUUCCUUGGAAGCCGUUUGCUGCUGCAGAGUUGCGCGAACUAGUCAUGGUGCUGUGGGAAUCCCCGCGGCAGUGCAGCAGCUGGACACUUUGCGAAGGCUUUUGCUGGCUGCUGCUGCUGCCGGUGAUGCUGCUCAUCGUAGUCCGCCCGGUGAAGCUCGCAGCUUUCCCUACCUCCUUAAGUGACUGCCAAACGCCCACCGGCUGGAACUGCUCUGGUUAUGAUGACAGAGAAAAUGAUCUCUUCCUCUGUGACACCAACACCUGUAAAUUUGAUGGGGAGUGUUUAAGAAUUGGAGACACUGUGACUUGCGUCUGUCAGUUCAAGUGCAACAAUGACUACGUGCCUGUGUGUGGCUCCAAUGGGGAGAGCUACCAGAAUGAGUGUUACUUGCGACAGGCUGCAUGCAAACAGCAGAGUGAGAUACUUGUGGUGUCAGAAGGAUCAUGUGCCACAGAUGCAGGAUCAGGAUCUGGAGAUGGAGUCCAUGAAGGGUCAGGAGAAACCAGCCAAAAGGAGACAUCCACCUGUGAUAUUUGCCAAUUUGGUGCAGAAUGUGAUGAAGAUGCCGAGGAUGUCUGGUGUGUGUGCAACAUUGACUGCUCUCAAACCAACUUCAAUCCCCUCUGUGCUUCUGAUGGGAAAUCUUAUGAUAAUGCAUGUCAAAUCAAAGAAGCGUCAUGUCAGAAACAGGAGAAAAUUGAAGUCAUGUCUUUGGGUCGAUGUCAAGAUAACACAACUGCAACUACUAAAUCUGAAGAUGGGCAUUAUGCAAGAACAGAUUAUGCAGAGAAUGCUAACAAAUUAGAAGAAAGUGCCAGAGAACACCACAUACCUUGUCCAGAACAUUACAAUGGUUUCUGCAUGCACGGAAAGUGCGAACAUUCCAUCAAUAUGCAGGAGCCAUCUUGCAGGUGUGAUGCUGGUUAUACUGGACAACACUGUGAAAAAAAGGACUACAGUGUUCUAUACGUUGUUCCCGGUCCUGUAAGAUUUCAGUAUGUCUUAAUCGCAGCUGUGAUUGGAACAGUUCAGAUUGCUGUCAUCUGUGUGGUGGUCCUCUGCAUCACAAGGAUCAAACUAGGUAAUAGCACUGGACUAAGAUUUGUAAACUUUCCGACCUUCCAGGAAAUGCCCCAGAAGCAACAGAAUUCACAGACAGAAGCAAAAUACAGGACACUACAGUUCAGACAACACAACAAGAGCAUCCACGAGGUUAAUCUAAAGGGAGCAUGUUUCCACAGUGGCCGGACUACCGACAGUUUGGACUACACAAUACAGUAUUAUAGACAAAAGAAUAAGACGAGAUCUACACAUGUUGCCUUGCAUUUGUGGUAAUCUACACCAAUGAAAACAUGUACUACAGCUAUAUUUGAUUAUGUAUGGAUAUAUUUGAAAUAGUAUACAUUGUCUUGAUGUUUUUCUGUAAUGUAAAUAAACUAUUUAUAUCACACAAUAUAGUUUUUUCUUUCCCAUGUAUUUGUUAUAUAUAAUAAAUACUCAGUGAUGAGAAAAAAUUGGCAUUCUUAAAUUUGCGAUAUCUCAUAACUGUAAAUAUAAUCACGCUAGUACAAUCUGUACAGGUGCCAGUAUUUCAUCUUUCUCCACAUCUUGAGACAGAACAUUAGUUUAUACAGGACUCGAUGGCUAGGUUUUGAGUGAUUCCAAGAUCAAGGGAAAUGAUGGUUAUUGGAAAAGAGAAAAAAUAAUUUACUUUAUAUCGAGUGAGGAUAAAAUAUUUCAGAUCUUUGAAUCAUCUCUAUUUCAUCAACUUUCUUCCCUAGUCUUCCGUUGUCAUCCCCAGAGCAGAAAAAUCUCUGGCAUAUAAAUUAAAUCAAAGAAGAAGGGUGGGGGGAGUGUUUUAUAACUCAUAAAGGAGAGGGAGAGAAGAUAUUGGUUUUUAUUUGGGAAGCAGUUUAGAAUCUCCAGUAAAGAAUAUAUAUCCAAAGGGUUCUUGAGCAAGGUACACCUCAGAGUGGCAAAAUUUAUUCCACUUAGGGGAGUGAAAUUAACAACUAAGGGAAAAAAUAAAGUCAUUAAAUUUGAAACAUCAAGAUAAUGAAUUCUUAGAAGAACCUUGCUAUAUUUACAGUAUGUGGUUCUUGGAAAAGAAGUUAGAAUCACAACUAAAUACCUCAUGAAUAGCUUUAUGGCACCAUUACUUGAAAUGGAACUAAGAUGAUGCUAGUAUUUCUUGAAAACAGAGAAACUUGUUGUAAGUGUAUUUAUAUGAUGAAAUAAGAAAGAAAAGUAACCCCAUAGCAUCAGAAAAACCGUAGUGGAAGUUGGUUUGGAUUUUUAUUUGUUCAAUUUAAACAUACAAAUAGGUUUAAUCACUUUGUUUAGAAAAAAAACUGUGAAAAUUCUCAAAGAAUAGUUGAAAUAAGGUGAAAAUAACCGAUGAAAUAAUUGCCUUAUAUCAUUUACCUCUGUGUAGCUUUUCAUGGCUAAUACAGUAAAUCUAAAUAAAGUUCUUUUUGUCUCCUUCAAA